GAACGAUCAGCCAUUUGCAUUCGGUGUUUUCCCGCCAACUGGACUAGACGGUACGGAUGCGUUCAAAUAUAAUACCAAUCAUGGGAGCGAUAAAGUUUUUGGCUCUGGCUGGCUGCUUAGCUCUUGCACAAGCAGAGGUGAAAUCCUGGCCUACUCUGGAUGGAAGCACGCGUGAGAUUCUGGCCAUAGACCAGCGAGUAGUAGUUUUGCGGUGUGGUACCAUCGGAGAAGUAUCGAAAGAUCUUACAUUCACCUGGCGUAAAAACGGCAAGCCCCUAGAAAUCAACCACAAAACCGUAAUGUCCCCAAAUACACAGAGGAGCACCAUAACAAUUCCACCAAAAUCUAUUUACCCAGACGCGGAGCCAGAGGGCACUUACCACUGCAUGCUCGAGACCCCAGCAGGCAUCGCCUCAUCUGGGCCAAUGAUUGUCAAAAAAGGUUUCCUAGAAGCGCCGAAAGUCGAAGCCAAAAGGCACACGCCAGUUGAAGGCGAGCCUUUCGAGUUAGACUGCCCUGAAGUCAAAGCCUAUCCCAAACCAAGCAUCGUUUGGAUGUACCAACUCGGUUCGGACCCUAACAUCUCCCACACGAUCCUCGACAGAAGAAUCACUACGGGCCCAAAUGGGAAACUUUACUUCUCAAACGUAACAGAAGAAGAUACAAGCGAUAAUUUCAAGUAUGUUUGUAUGGCGAGCUCACCAGCUGUGGAUAAGGCGGUGCCUUUGGCUGCGCAUUACAUUAUUGGCGUGAAGAAGAAUCCGAAGACUGGUUUCCAGCCCUUAGUCCCUCAGUACGUAAGCAAGGAGGUCACAGCUAAAGCAGGAGACGACACAUUUCUAUACUGCAUCUUCGGUGGCACCCCCCUAGCGUACCCAGAAUGGUACUACAAGGGUACUGACAUGGAGAACGGGCCAAACGACCGCGUGACGUCACAUAACCGCAGCUCUGGCAAGCGACUGCUCAUAAGAGACACACGCGUCUCAGAUGAAGGCACCUACUACUGCCAUGUCGUAGACUCGCAGGGAAAGAACACUUCCAAUCCUAUUAAUCUUAAAGUUGUCAGCGCACCAACCUUCGUGAAGAAGCCCGAACCUAAACUGCUAGUAGCUGAAGGCCAAGACGUGACUAUCCCUUGCCAAGUCCAAGGUGUACCCAAAGCAACCAUCACGUGGACAUACAACGCCCAACCUUUGAAGUCAGACAGUAGGGUGACCACUAAACCAACCGACAAUGCAUCGGAACUGCAAAUUAAAAAGAUACAAAAAUCUGACCAAGGAUACUAUGGUUGUACAGCCACUAAUGAAAACGGAGUUGUUUAUGCCGAAAGUUUGGUUAAUAUCCCGUCAUUGUAAGUAAUAGGUAGUAUAUUAGUUACUCGAUGGUAAUAGUUUUUUGCAGCAAAGAUGCUACUUUAAUUUUGUUUUUGUUAAACAUGUUUCACUAUUAGUUUUAAAAAAAUAUUUCUUUGUUAUUCGAUGUUACGUUCCACUAUAAUCCAUUUAUAAUUUUGGUAACAAGUGUCUAUAAUUAUUUAAGAAUAAAAGUAUUUAAAAGUAA